GCGCUGCAUCAGUAACAGCUGAAGUUCAGUUAAAAGCGAGCGACAUACCGGGAGCGAGUGAACGAACUCCAAUACACCCGAACAAGCUUGCGCUUGCGCCGGUCGAAAAUAACCCAACGGAGGGCGCUCGCUCCCCUCUUCUUUUGUUCCUAUUUUGAAAUUCAAAAAAUAGAUUCGAAGGGUGUUUCGGGAUGCGCGUGAGUCAGUGACGGACGGCGCGCCGGCGCGUGCGCAGCUUCCGCCGCGGAAAUUCGGUUUUAAAUUCCGGGAUACCGGCUCUUUUUAAGUGUUGAGUGGCUGUGUUGCUGGAUUUGAUGUGGUGAUGUGAAUUGUGAUUUUUCAAUGUUAUCGGAAAUUUUCAAUAUUUGGAUCCAUGCAAAUUUCAUCAAGGAUUGCCCUCGACCAACGAACGAAUAAUUCCUCCAAAAUUAGUCAAAACAAGUUCCUAAUAGUUUAGUUAGUAUGAAUAUCUACAAUUCCAACGAAUUCCUGCACAGUGCUGGCGUGAGCCGGCACAUGCAAGCGACAGGGGAGACUCCGUCGCAAAAAACUAGUAUGAAACGGCGGUCCUGUGAAGUCCCUUUAGGAGAUAUAUCUUCAAACAAUUUCAAAGUAUCUCUAGGGGAUCUUAGUUCUAGUGAAGGACCUAGUUACGACUGUCGAUCGUUGCGUUCGGUAAAAUCCGAGGAUGCCCGAUCGGUUCGUAGCUACCGGCCCAUAGAUAGUCGUAGCUACAAAAAUUUUCGGUCAUCUCUGGCUGAUAUUUCUGGGUACUCUUUAUCGAGACCUCCUAGUUAUGAUCAGCUGUCGAGGCGGUCGUUAGUCGAGGGGCCGGAUGGGCAAGGGAUCACGUCGAGCAUCGAAGGGGUCUUGUGGUCUGACGAAGAGGAAACGGAGUAUUUCUACCAUGAAAAUAUUACGUCUGCUUGGAAUCAAGACUUGGCGGCGAUACGGCAGCUGCUGGAGAGCGAGACGGGCGGCACGACAUGCCCCAGCUGUAACAUGCCCUUUGACAAGGGCAAGAAGAGGAAACUGAUCGACACUUGCGGGCAUGAGCGGUGCUACUCGUGCAUGUUCCGGAACGAGGCGUGUCCGUCGUGCGCGAGGAACAGCCAAGCCCAGCGGCGGCCCGUGAUGGAGAGGUACACGCCGUCGCCGCAGCGGCAGGAGCCCGAGUGGCAGUCCCCGCUGCGCCUGCCCAAGCCGCCCAAGCAGCCCUCCAGUCUGGCGCAGUCCUGCCCCACGCCGCCGCACACCAGGAGAAGAUUCUUCCUCAGCCCGAAAUCGCUGCGCAGCCCUUUCGGGCAGCGCGCGCGCCACUCUCACGACAACCACGUGCCCCUCUCCGGCUUGCCGGAGGAAGGUCCGAGGAACGCGGCGUGGCAUAGCCUGGUCUUCAAUAAGAUCAGGUCGCUGUGGUCCACGCACUCGUCCGUGCCGCAAGGACUCAACCAACUUACAGAUGAUGAAGGAGGUCACAUAAAGCAGGCCGGAUAUGAGUCGAGGAGACAGAAUGACUUGUAUAUGCGACUCGGCCUGCUUCUGGGUGAAAGACGCGGUGCCAGGAAUAAGGCUAGAGAUAGCUGCACAUCACUGGCUUCUCUAGAUGCACAUACUUUGGCAUCGCAUAAUACUAGCCCUGUAUCAACCCUCACGGGAUCCUCUGAGGUGGAGGUGGCGACCCCCCUGGGCCGCGACUCUCUCGGCUCUCUGGCGUCCAUGUCGCUGUCAGCAGCCAGCAACUGCUCCUCAUCCAGCCCUGGCAGCAGGAGGCAUUCCGUCAACACGCUCCAAAGCGGCAGAUCAGAUGAACUAACACGAAUGUCCAGUGGAUUCUUUAAAACAAGGAAAACAGCUGCAAGACGCUCAGCAAGAGUCAACAGCAAACAAUCUUCAUCAUCAUCAGAAAUCAAAAAAGUUCAUCCAUCGCCACAGUUGACGCUACGACCGUUGUUCUUCGAAGUACCGUCUACUGACAACCAGACAUUCUUCUGCGGACGACAUUGGCUCAUGAGGGACAUGGAGAAAGCUUUAGAUUCCAGCUCUGCAGGUAUCCUGGUAUCUGGUUGUCCGGGCACGGGGAAGACAGCUCUGAUCCUGCAGCUGGUCGAAUACUCCUGCUUUGGCAGGAAAAGGAACUGCGAGUAUGAGGAGUUGAGAGAACAGUCAGACAUCAGGGAGAUGCUGCCAGAGGAACUGACCAUUGGAAUGUUCACCCACUUGGCCUCACACGUUGUAGCUUAUCAUUUUUGUCAGGCCGAUAACAACAGUACGUGCCUCGUGGGUGAAUUUGUGCACUCUCUAGCAGCACAACUCUGCCAAGCACCAAGACUUCAAGCUUACAGAGAGUAUCUUCUGAGUGAAGCACAUCUCCUCGCCUGUCUGUCACUAAAGGAAUGCAUCGCAGACCCAGACCUGGCCUUCAUGAGAGGCAUAAUCGAACCUCUCACAAUCCUCCGAAGAAACGGGAGCAUCGAUUCUUCAAACAGCAUAAUCUUAGUCGAUGGGCUCUGUGAAGCCGAGUACCACAGACCAGACCAUGGUUACACCAUUGCGUCUUUCUUAGCAAAACACAUACCUGAAAUGCCCACCUGGCUCAAGGUCGUUGCCACAGUGCGAACACAAUUCUUAGAGCUAACCAAACAGUUGCCUUACAACAGGCUAAGUUUGGAUGAAUCUGACAAUGUUCACAAAGAUCUCUUGGAGUAUUUCAACACGAGACUCCAAGCCGCGCCAAUUAUAGAGACGAAUAUCAAAUGUUCGACAGGAAAGUCCGAAGGUGUUCACAAUUCAGUGAUGAAGUUCGCUCAGUACGUGCUUCAUCUUAGCCAAGGCUCGUUUUUGUUCCUAAAAUUAAUUCUAGAUUUACUCGAGAGGAGCCACAUCGUAGUAAAAUCAACAAAUUACAAAGUCGUGCCUAUAUCACUGGCACAAAUAUUCUUGUUGCAAUUUAACCUACGAUUCCCUACGGUGCAAUCCUUUGAGAAAGUGACCCACAUCUUAAGCGUGUGCUUGGCUGCUUUAUAUCCCCUUACGUUGGUAGAAAUUUAUUACUCAGUUAAUUCAUUACUGGUGAACACUUUUAUGCCAUGGGACGAAUUCUGCCACCGAUUCGAAUCCCUCACAGAUUUCCUUGUGAAGAGGAUCGACAAUACCUACAUGUUCUUCCACCCUUCGUUCAGGGAAUGGUUGAUUAGAAGAGACGAUAAUGAGAGCCCUAAAUUCCUCUGUGAUUUAAGAGCCGGUCACUGUGGUAUCGCAUUUAGACUAUCCAGGGUACAAGCACCUUUAGAUUCAGAGAAGACUAUGGAAUUGGGCCAUCACAUUUUGAAGGCGCAUAUGUACAGAAACCUAGGACCAGCACAGUUGGGUCUAUGUCCAAGAGAUUUGCAGGCAAUGAUGGUUGCCACAAGUUCGUCCAGUGUUGGAGAAGCAAUAGCCAACUUAAGAAAUAUUUACACUCCAAAUGUUAAAGUAUCUCGUCUCAUGCUGUUAGCUGGUGGGUCACCUAACCAAGUAACUGAUUGUCUUGGAGGUGCACCAUUACUUUGCAUGUAUUCAUAUCAAGGAAUAUUGGCGAUGGUUGGUCUUUUGAUCGAAUUUGGAGCUGAUAUGGAAAUGACUAACUCUCAAGGGUGUACUGCGUUGUCUUUGGCAUGUCAGAGAGGACACACCGAUGUUGCAAGACGACUUAUAGCUGCUGGUGCAUCCUUAAGUCACACUGACACUGCUGAACAGACUCCACUUGUACAUGCAGCUAAGAAUGGCCACAGGGAUACAGUUAUCUACCUUCUGGGCUGUCAAACUGGAAGAGACGAUAGGAACUCCUUGGAUCUCGACGAUGAUAAUAUUGAACAGCUCGUGCCUGGAUCACGACACGCACUAAUCGCUGCAGCUCAGAAUGGACAUUUAGAUAUUGUUGAAUAUCUACUGGAUACUGCUGAAUUAAUACCUGACGGAAUCUGCCCAGUAACGGGGGAGACUGCGCUCACAGCCGCCUGUUCAUCAGGCAACGCGGCUAUAGCUGACGCUCUCCUCAUCAGAGGAGCAACACCAUAUUCCUUGAAUGCCAGACAGCUCUCACCAUUGGCAUUAGCCGCUAAGAAUGGCAGAUCAGCUUUAGUAUCGAGGCUAAUGGAUUCCGGAGCUGAUGUAAUGGGCUCUGGUGGGAAGAUACCCUUGAUCCUGGCUGCGGCUGAAGGACAUGCUGAUGUAGUUGAAAUGUUAUUAGAAAAUGGUGCUGAUCCCGAUGCAGUAGAUGCUGAUGGUAUAUCACCACUAGGUUGGGCGUGCCUCCGUUCAAGAAUACCAACAAUGAUGGUUCUUCUCGACAAAGGCGCUACUAUAGAUCAACCCGACGGCAGCGGCAGAACACCAUUGGGACUUGCUUGUGGAGGCCCAUCAGAGCUUGUGGAUAUAUUGCUGGAAAGAGGGGCCUCAUUGGAAAGAGUGGAUCACAGUGGGCUUAGGCCAUUAGAUCGAGCUAUUGGACAAAGGAAUGUUCCCGUCGUUAAUUGUUUCCUGAGGAAAGGCGCUAAGCUCGGUCCGACUACAUGGGUUAUGGCUUCAGGCAAACCAGAAUUCAUGCUCAUAUUGCUAAACAAGUUGCUAGAAGACGGGAACAUGUUAUACCGAAAGAACAGGCCAUCAGAAGCCGCCCACCGAUACCAGUACGCAUUGAAGAAGAUCAACCCACUGAUCAGUGAUGAGGGGUUAACGACGCCGACCACUCAGCCAGUGCCCGCGGAACACGUGUCAGCGUUCGUGCAGCUAAAGACCAACCUGCUACUGAAUCUGUCGCGGUGUAAGAGGAAGUUAAAUGAACCAUCAGAAGCUUUAGACUUAGCUGCUCGAGCGUCAGGCUUGCGUCCGAAUGCCUUCGAGUGUGCUUACGCAAUGGCCCGCGCUAUCCUUGCGCUCAACAAGCCUUCAGAGGCCCUUCCCCACGCCAGGAGGGCCCUACUCCUCGCUCCCACCACAGAUCUCUCCGCCAUAAGAACGCUAAAGGCUCUACAACAGGAGAUUUUGACAAGGAUCAACACUGGGUCCCACAGUCUAAACGGUGACACUCGAUCCAUGAGAAAUUUUGACACGAUUAGUCUUAACAUGCCAUAGAGCGACAUUGUGAACCAGGUUGUAUGUACAAAAAAUAGAUAGGAUCAUUCGGUGUAAACCCAAAUCAUAACCCAUCGAUUUUAUUGUAAUGUUUUGUCACACUUUCCAUAUUAAGUACUAUCUUAUUCAACCAAUUUCUUUGCAAUAUGUUAUGUAUUCUUUGAUAUUGUUAUUAUAAAUAUUAAAGAUAUUUUUCUUUUUAUACCGAUAACUAUAUAUCUGUUUUAUCUUAGAUAUUUCACAUAGUAAUUCUCUGUAGAAUUAUUAUGAUUGUAAAUAGUCUAUGGAAACUCGAACGAACGAUUUAUUAUAGGAACCUUUAUUUUAUCUGUAUAAAAGAUCCGAUUAUCCUUAAUGCUGUUAUUUUAUCUUUUAAUUAUUGUUUUACAAUAAUAACUAUAUUAUUACCCCUUACCAGUAAUCUGUGAAUGAAAUUGCUUUUACAAUAGAUGAAUACUUUAUGUAAAUUGUCGGUCAACUAACCAUAAUUACUAUGUAGUUUUGGAUGCAAUUAAUUAAAAAUCGAAUCUUUUUGUAAUAAAUAAUGAGUGAAAUGUAUCUAGAAAUAAAAUCCCAGAAUUCACUGUGACGUAAUUACUUGUAAAUAUGUAAUUCCUCCUAUUACAAAGUAAGGUUUUUGACAAUGUACAGCGUCUUAGUGUUGUAGCCUCGAAUAUGUUUAUAAAUAUUAAUCGCUUGCCAUUUUUUAUUCAAUGCUUUAAUUUUUUGUCGUUAUAGAUAUUUGGUGCCUUGUGACCUUCUUUUAAAACCUUUGCAAUCUUUUUGUUAUUUUAUUCAUUUGAGUUAAACUCAUGUGCCCAUUUUCUUGCUUACCUAUUUAUAAUUUAUUGAAAGUAGUAAAAGAGUGAGUUCAAAGUUAUAGAGAGAAUUAGGAAUGAUAAAUUGUGUAAUGGAUUUUUGUUUGUUUGUUUGUGUUGGAUGUAUCUAUAUAAAAAGAGUGAUGUAUGUUAUAUAAUUAAACUAGUUUAUAAAUAAUUUUAUUUAUUUUUGAAUCCUUAAAAGUGCAUAGCCGUACAUUUGUCACAGUAUGUAAAACAAGUGUUUAUUAAUUUAUAAUAAUGGUUUUAAAUCUAUGUAAUGUAAUAUUAAAUGUUUUUGUUACAUUCAUAAUUUAAUUAAGUUACAAUUUUAUAAAAGUAACUAGAAAAUAUAUCACACAUAAAAUUGUAAAAUAAUUUUGCAGUGGCCUUCGCCGUUUCAAUCGCUACAGAAUAAAAAAACAUUUUGAAUGUCAAAAUAAAACUUGGCCAAAUUAUUGAAAAUUUUCUUAAGACUGACGAUAAAAUAUGGUGGAAAUUAUAAAUGAAACAAUUACUUAUAGCUAUGAUAGAGUAGUAAGAAAUAAUUUAAGUACAAUAGUUACUCAGGCAGUACAUAUUAUGAUUGUAUUAAAUAUUUUUUUUCAUAUUGCUUCAA